AAAAAAUAUUUCCUAACAUGGAGAGGAAAUAGUACUACCAUUGACCAAAUCAAAAUUAGAAAGAACACACAAAGCACACAGAAAUAGGAAAAUUCCAAUUACCUUCUCCUCCCUCUCUCUUUCUCUUCAAUCCUUCAAUAUCAGGGAAUGGGAGAGACUAGCAAUUCAUCAGAUUUCAAAAUUUUCAUUCAUUAAUUCAUUCAUUACAUACAUAGAAUAUAGCUAUACAGAUUCAUUUCACAUACAAAAGUGUGUGUGUUUUUGCCUUGAGACUGGUUCAAGAAUCCCUUUUUUGUUUUCCAUUUAAUAUGGGGUUCAGCAAGUUUUGUUUUUGAGGAAAAGGAGAAAAAAGGGUCUCUGAAAAUAUUAUCAAGAUAUUUAAAUUUGCUGUAUUUUUGGAUCUAAUAGUGACAACAACACCGUUGUAUGAUUCAAGAAUCCUUAUUUUAUCUUCCAUUUUUAUGGGGUUUAGCAAGUUUUGAUUUUUAGGCAAAGGGGAAUAAAGGGUGUCUGAAAUAUUAUAAAGAUUGUUAAAUUUGCUAUAUUGUUUGAUCUGAUGUUGACAAAAAUAGCGUCAUUAUAUUUGGAUUGUUUAAGGAUUGAGGUGGUUGGAUUGGGUGGUGACUGGUGAGAGGAAUAGGGAAAGUUAAAGUGGAGAAGCAGGGAGGAAGAAGAGAUGCAGCUGCACUUCUCACCUAGCAUGAGAAGUAUAACAAUAUCGAGCAGCAAUAGCAAUGGAGGGUUUGGUGAAUUGAUGAAGAUCAAAGUAGCAGCUCGCCACUUCUCCUACAGAACACUAUUUCAUACAAUACUUAUCUUAGCUUUCUUGUUGCCAUUUGUCUUCAUUCUCACUGCUGUUGUUACCCUUGAAGGUGUCAACAAGUGCUCCUCAUUUGAUUGUUUAGGCAGACGAUUGGGACCAAAGCUUCUUGGACGUACUGAUGAUUCUAAGCAGAGGUUGGUUAAGGAUUUUGUUAAGAUCCUCAAUCAAGUGAAUUCUGAAGAAGUGCCAGCUGGCCUGAAGCUCCCAGAGUCUUAUAGUCAACUUGUUUCUGAAAUGAAAAAUAACAAGUACAGUGCAAAAGAAUUUGCUUUGAUGCUGAAGGGAAUGAUGGAUAGAUCUGAAAGGGAGAUCAGGGAAUCAAAAUUUGCGGAGCUCAUGAAUAAACACUUUGCUGCAAGUGCAGUUCCAAAAGGCAUUCACUGUCUUUCGCUGCGGUUGACUGAUGAGUACUCAUCUAAUGCUCAUGCACGCAGACAGUUGCCUUCACCAGAGCUACUCCCUCUGCUUUCUGAGAAGUUGUUGCACCAUUUUGUAUUGUCAACUGAUAAUAUCCUAGCUGCUUCAGUUGUGGUCAAUUCUGCUGUGCGGUCAUCUCUAAAGCCUGAAAAAAUUGUUUUCCACGUCAUCACUGACAAGAAAACAUAUGCAGGGAUGCACUCCUGGUUUGCUCUGAAUCCUGUCUCUCCCGCUAUUGUGGAAGUUAGAGGUAUUCAUCAGUUUGACUGGUUAACCAGAGAAAAUAUUCCAGUGCUUGAAGCAGUUGAGGGCCAUUAUGGUAUUCGGAAAUACUACCAUGGAAAUCAUGUACUAGGGGCCAAUCUCAGUGAUACUAGUCCACGAUCUUUUGCCUCAAAACUACAGGCUAGAAGUCCAAAAUAUAUUUCCUUGCUCAAUCAUAUUCGAAUAUAUUUGCCAGAGCUCUUCCCAAACCUUGAUAAAGUGGUUUUCUUGGAUGAUGAUGUUGUAAUUCAGCGCGACUUGUCUCCAUUGUGGGACAUUGACCUUAAGGGAAAGGUGAAUGGAGCUAUUGAGACUUGUAAAGGAGAAGAUGAGUGGGUGAUGUCAAAGAGAUUCAGAAACUACUUUAACUUUUCUCAUCCUCUCAUAGCAAAACAUUUGAACCCUGAAGAGUGUGCAUGGGCUUAUGGGAUGAACGUCUUUGACUUACAUGCAUGGAGAAAGACAAAUAUAAGAGACACUUACCAUUCAUGGCUUAAAGAGAAUCUAAAAUCAAAAUUGACAAUGUGGAAGCUUGGAACACUACCUCCUGCUUUGAUCGCAUUCAAAGGUCACGUUCACCCCAUUGACCCUUCAUGGCACAUGCUUGGCUUGGGCUAUCAGAAUAAGUCCAACAUUGAGGACGUAAAGAAGGCUGCUGUAAUUCAUUACAAUGGCCAGUCCAAACCUUGGCUCGAGUUAGGCUUUGAGCAUCUCCGUCCUUUUUGGACCAAGUAUGUAGACUACUCGAACGAUUUUAUUAAGAAUUGCCACAUAUUGGAGUAAUCAAUGGAUUAUACUUCAAGGACAAAACACAAAGCAGGAAUCCGAAUGAACCUUUUUGGCUAGGAAACUUCAAGAUCCAAUUAAAAGGAGAUUCUUAGACUGGCUGAAUUUGGUCAGGUAUAUUCAGGUUAUCGGAUUUGCUGCUUUGGCUCACUUCUAUGAAGAGAACCUGCAUUUCUAGCAUUGGUAUAAGAUUCAUUCUUUCAGUCUGUAAGAAGUUCAUCUAUUUUCGUUGAGCGGAGAAAAAGGACAUUCUUUUUGGCCUCUUAGCUGGGGUGUAGCUUAUUGUCACUAUUGUUUAGGGGGCAGAAAAUGCUACUCAUUUGCCAUUGGUGAUAGGAGCUGAUAUGAGAAGAAAAACUAGGAUGCAGGCCAUGUUGAAAAGCUCCUACUUUGGCCCCCUUAGAUUUAGAGUUAAUUCUUUUAUCUUAAAAUAUUGAAUCUUUUUCUUUAUAUUGUUGUCAUCACCCACAUUUCAACUUCUAUUACUUGAUUUAAUUAUCUCUAUCAUAUUAGACUUUAUGGAGAUUUUUGUCAUAAUGUCCCACAUAGUGGGGAACUACUUUGUACUUGUAUGAGUAAAAAUGGCGUGUGGUAGCCACUAUUGAAGGUGA